AUGGGUCAGAGCUUCGAGGGUCAUCCAGCAAAUAGGAUUGUCAAGCUCAGUGUGGUCAAGGUGAUCAACUUUAUAGUGCUCAACGUACUGCUAAUGGUUAUCGCUGUCAUACACCAUAGCAUACCGUAUGAUAUGGUCAACAAUGGAUCCAUCAUUGUAACGUACGGAAUUCGAACGCUGCUGGUAGGCGGCGUGCUAGCAACAUCCGGUGAAAUCGUAUUUCUUGCUUGGAAAUGGAAAUCGAUCGUACGUUUGCUGCAGCACAUCCAUGAAUUGGAUCUGAAGUUUCAGCUGAUGAAACAUCCGACCGAUAUUGCAGCUCUCAGAAAAUAUAUUCUAACACGUUGUGGCAUGUACCUGCUGCUACAUCUUAGUUUACUCACCGCCUAUAACGUUAGCACUGUGUUGUACAUUGACGAUCGAAUGGUUGCGUCGCGAAUGGUAUUCGCACAGCUGUACUUCAACGUAGUGUACAUUUCCAUUGUAAUUCGCUUUUACUGUUUCGUCUGCAUCUUGUCGCGUCGGUUCGAGCAUUUAAAUGAUGUUCUGAAGCUGCGGUUUGACACUUCCAACAGUGAACGGGAUGGACGAUGGUUGAACGAAACCAGGUACCGGAACGGGCCAGUGCAGGAACGGAUCGGAGUCGUGCAAAAGCUGUCGGAUCUGCACCACCAGCUAAACGAAAUCACGGACCACAUGAAUGGAGUGUUUGGGGACGUGUUUUUGGGAAACAUGCUAGUAGUGAUGCUGUUAUGUACGUUUAAUAUUUUUGCGUUGUUCAAAGUGUACUCGAGCAAUGAUCUUCGUACGCGCAUGUUUACCGUGUUCAAUCUUAGUGGCAGCUCGUACUACACUAUGAUGUUCAUGCUGAUCAGUAAUCUGGCUCGAACAGUAUCCAAAGAGACCAUAGUCGUAUUGGUGUCAUAUCUGGUAAUUCUGUUGCAGUUUGAUGCGUCGAUCCGUGGGAAAUAG